AUCCUAAGUCAUUUGACUAAGAUUACAUGUAAUUUAGGCAAGAACGGGUCGAGAAUGGGGCGGGUCAGGGCAGGUCGGGUCGAUGAGAGGUACCCAUUCCCGCCCCGCCCCGCCUACGAGGCGGGUCGAACCCACUCCAAAACAGGUCAAACAGGUCAGAUAAAUCGGGUCAGGUCGAAAUUGCCAGCAAGGCCGGCAGCGAGUGUCCAGUAACCCCAAUAAAAUGGGCUUUUCCGACGUGGGCCUAGGCCCAAAUCUUUAGUAUCAUCACCGUAAACAGUUCAUUCUUAUCUCUCUCCCUCUCUCGGUGACACGCUCCUUUUAGAAAAGAGAACCCGAAUCUUCCUCCGCUCAAUUUCCAAAAUACCAAUUUUGCGCGCGUCACUCAUAGCCACCUCUCCAACCUCUGAUCGAUGAUCAUCCUCUCUUUUACCACUCCUGUUUUUUUUCCCCUUCCAAAUUUAAAGAACAGAACCCUCCUCUUUCGCCUGCUCCCUCUCUCACUCUCUCCAUCCCCGUUUCUACCACCGAAAUCAAAACGACUCACUGUCCGAACCGCCUUAGGUGGUGUGGGGCUUUCUCCGGUAAUGUUCGCCGGCGGCGUCGCGGUUGAUUGAGCUUUUUCUCUUUCUCUUUCCCCGUCGGUUUCGUUGUCUUCUCGACCCAGGCGGAAUUCGAUUCGGUAAUUUAAAUUCUUCACCUCGUUCUUGUUUCACCACUUUCAGCUGUUCUUGGGGUUCGCAUGCAGAAUUGUGAUUAUUGAAAUGCUGAUUUUCCCCUUCUUUUUUUCUCAUUGUCUCGUUGAAUGCCCGGGUGAAAGGUGUCUUGAUGUUUUCCCUCUUGUAUUUCAGAUCAAACAUUGGUCGUGACACAAUCAAUCUCGCUUGCAAUUUGAGAGGGAUACCGGGGUUGGUUAAUUGGAUAUGGGUGUCAACAAUAAAGAUGCGCGAACGCCGGAAGAGCGGGUACCGGCGGAGGCAAAGGAGAUGCUGAAAUCAUUGGCAUCCAAGUGGGAAGAUGUGACUGAUGCAAAUGCAUUGCAGGUGAUCCCUCUCAAAGGUGCAAUGACCAAUGAGGUCUUCCAAAUUAAAUGGCCAACAAAGACCGGUGAGCUCUCGCGCAAGGUUGUGGUCAGGAUUUAUGGUGUGGGUGUGGAGGUGUUCUUUGACGGGGAUAAUGAGAUCCAGACGUUUGAGUUCAUGUCCAAACAAGGGCAUGGACCUCGACUGCUUGGACGAUUUUCCAAAGGACGAAUUGAAGAGUUCAUCCGUGCUCGGACGCUAUCUGCUCCUGAUCUGCGUGAUCCAGAGAUUUCAGUACUUAUAGCAGCCAAAAUGAAGGAGUUUCAUGGCCUUGAUAUGCCUGGUCAAAAGGUUGUCCAUCUCUGGGAUAGACUAAGAAAUUGGCUCAAAGUGGCGAAGGAUAUGUGUUCUCCAGAUGAAGCUAAAGCCUUUCGCUUGGAUGAAGUUGGUGAGGAAAUCACAUUACUUGAGAAGAAUCUCUCCAUUGAUAAGCCUAUUGGAUUUUGUCAUAAUGAUCUCCAGUAUGGUAACAUAAUGAUUGAUGAAGAAACCAAAGCAAUCACCAUAAUUGAUUAUGAGUAUGCAAGUUACAAUCCUGUUGCCUUCGAUCUAGCAAAUCAUUUUUGCGAGAUGACUGCUGACUACCAUACAGAUACACCCCAUGUUGUGGACUACACUAAAUACCCUGGUCUGGAGGAGCGCCGAAGGUUUGUGCAUGCAUAUCUGAUUGCUUCAGCGGAGAAACCUGGUGACAAAGAGGUGGAACAGUUUCUUAGAGAUGUUGAAAAAUUUACACUUGGAAGCCAUCUGUUUUGGGGUUUGUGGGGCAUAAUAUCGGAGCACGUCAACAAGAUUGAUUUUGAUUACUUGGAAUAUGCAAGGCAGCGAUUUGAACAGUACUGGCAAAGAAAGCCGGCACUGUUGGGGUCACCAGAAGGAGCCAGUACGGCAAAUGCGGCUGUGGAUCCACCCGCUGCUACUACCACAACCAUUGCAGCUGCCAGCGUGACUCCUGCUUCGGCUGCCGCUACGUCUGCCGAUGCAGAUCCAACUGCAGCCACGACUACCACUGCCAGUGCAGCUCCUACUGCAGCUGCCACGACCACUACCACUGCUCCCGUUGACAGUGCAACUGAUGGUGGGAGGAAGGAUGAGCAAGGCAAGGAGUCUCCUGCAAGAGCAGCAGCACAAGAAGAGGACGAAGAACCGGAAUCACCAGCAGCAGGGGAGGAAGAAGAAAAGGAGGGCGGUUCGGACCCGAACGCGCGGCAGAAACACCAGCCGGGUGUGUUCAGGAGGUUCAAGAAGUAUUUGGGCUUCACCAAUGUGUUCAAGAGGCACGGCCACUCUCACUCCCAUUCCCACUCCCACUCCCACUCCCACUCUAAAUCAAUCGAUCACGUUCCUCAACAGCAAGAUGCCUCCACCCCUGCUGCUGCUGCUGCUGAUAAUGCUGCUGUUUCUGGAAAACCUCGUGAUUGAUUAUAUUACUCACACCAUACCAACUUUUUUGUUUCCAGGAGAACAACGGAGGAGAGUGCUAGCUAGUAGUUCUGUACUUCUGUUUUCGCCCCAUUUGUAGCACUCGUGCAACCUACUAUUUUCGUAUUGUUUUGACAUGCGUGAUGUGUAUAUAUAAUAAUCCUUACCUUAAUUGUUAUAAGUAUGAGUUUACCAUUGAACAAAUUUGCGGUGUCAAAUCAUACUGCUAGCUAUCUUCAGCAAGUUUGUAGACUACGUGAUUAUAUUUAUAGGACGUUCAACUCAUUUAAAUGAAGUCUCAAAUUCAUA